GCUGAUGAAUUACACAUGCCUUCCCUGCCAGAGAUGAUGUUUGGAGACAAUAUCCUAAGAAUACAGCAUGAUCGUGGUUUUGGAAUUGAGUUCAAUGCAACAGAUGCUUUAAAAUGUGUCAAUAAUUGUCAAGGUAUGAUCAAAGUGGCUUGUGCAGAGGAGUGGCAAGAGAGCAGGAGUGAGACUGAGCACACUAAGGAAGUUGUCAAGCCAUAUGAUUGGACUUACACAACAGAUUACAAAGGAACAUUGCUGGGAGAUACUGCAACAUUAAAGGUCGUUCCUACAACUGAACACAUAAAUACAGAGAAAUUGAAAGCCAGGGAACAAAUUAUGUUUUUUGAAGAAGUACUUCUGUUCGAAGAUGAACUUCACGAUCAUGGAGUAUCAAGUUUGAGUGUAAAAAUAAGAGUUAUGCCUUCCAGCUUUUUUGUGCUCUUGAGGUUUUUCUUGCGAGUUGAUGGAGUACUUAUCAGGAUGAAUGAUACAAGGCUUCAUCAUGAGGCUGACAAGGCCUACAUGUUGCGAGAAUAUACAUCCAGAGAAAGCAAAAUAUCAAGUUUAAAG